AUGAGCGACCUCCAAAAGUCUUUUGCCAAAUCACGGCUUGCGAAGUUGCCGCCUGAAGUGCCAGUGUUUGAUGAUAUCAGUGAAAGCCGGACAGGGUCUGAGGUAUAUAGUGAACACCUUGAGGACGACUCAUCGUCAGCAUCUUCUGCUUCUUCCACAGGGACGAUAGUACCCUCUCAGAGCCAAAAAAUGUUUGAGCGCGGGCCUGGGGCACGGUCAAGGUCGAAUAUUGUUGCUUCUCCAUGGAAUGACUUCUUCGAAACAGAGCUUUUUAUUGAAGAUGAUAUCGAUGGCCUCCAUAUAAGUCACCACGUCUACUUUACUUCCCCUUCCAAAUCUGGCCCCCUGUUUGUCACUCAUCACGGAGCAGGCUCAUCUGGUCUAUCAUUUGCCGCUUGUGCUGCCGAAAUUAGGCGAGCCCUACCAACGGCUGGUGUUUUGUCAUUAGAUGCCAGAAACCACGGACUUACAAAUCAGGCUACCGACGAUUCGCAGAAACAUGAACAAGAUCUAACCCUGGAAACUUUAAGUCGUGAUCUUGUUUACAUUGUUAAUAAAACCAAAGAAAAAUUGAAAUGGGACUCUAUUCCACCGCUUGUUCUCGUUGGACACAGUCUUGGAGGCGCUGUAGUUACCCAUGUUGCGAGAAAUGGUGACCUAGGCUCAAAUGUUUUAGCCUAUGCCGUGCUAGACGUCGUAGAAGGAUCUGCAAUUGAUGCACUCCAAAGUAUGGAAACAUACCUUUCUACAAGACCAUCUAGUUUCCCAUCCCUAGCAUCUGGAAUCGAAUGGCACACCCGAUCCCGGACUAUACGCAACACAGCGUCUGCGCGAGUAUCAGUCCAAGGCCUUCUCCGCGAAGAACCUUCGACAGACCCCAACUCGGCUGGAAUUUGGAAAUGGCGUACUGAUCUUGCUAGGACGAAGCCUUUUUGGGAAAAUUGGUUCACUGGUCUCAGCAAGAAAUUCUUAGAGGCUCGGGGAGGUAAACUGCUCCUUUUGGCUGGAACUGAUAGGCUGGAUAAAGAGUUGAUUAUUGGGCAAAUGCAAGGGAAAUAUCAACUUCAAGUUUUUCCGGAGGCUGGCCAUUUUAUCCAUGAAGAUCAACCUGUUAAAACUGCACAAGUCUUAGUUGAUUUUUAUAAACGUAAUGACAGAAGCGCCCUUGUCCUCCCUCCCAAAGUGAGCGACAUGUUAGCAUCUAAGCAGAGCACGCAAAAAUGGGGGCUUAAAAAAUGA